ACGACUGGAGGCACACAGAGCACCAACUGUUCUGGACAUCCAGAGAGGAAACAACGAGGACAUAGCCCAAACUAUCAGACUUAAAGGAUUUCAUCCUAACCAACCGAGCCGGAAUGGAAACUGAGAAGACUCAAACAGCAGCAGAGCAGAUGACUGACAGGGAUCUGUCCGAACAGAUCAAAAAGGUGACGAAGGAGAGUCACGUCAGAGCAGAAAACACAGAACUGAUGCUGAGUUUCCAGAGAGGAAAAGUCACACUUCCACAAUAUAAGCUCCUCCUGUGUUCGCUGUAUGAGAUCUACCAGGCUUUGGAGGAAGAGCUGGACAGGAACUCCAACCAUCCUGGUGUCGCACCUAUUUACUUCCCUGCUGAACUGGCCAGACUGGAGUCCAUCGAGAAAGACCUAGAAUACUUCUACGGCCCGGACUGGAGAGAGAAGAUUGUUGUUCCUGCAGCUACCAAAAGAUACUGCCACAGACUCAGACAGAUUGGUAAAGAAAAUCCUGAAUUUCUGCUCGCCCAUGCUUACACCCGGUACCUCGGUGAUCUGUCUGGAGGGCAGGUUCUUGGGCGAAUUGCCCAGAAGUCCAUGGGGCUGAAAAACAGCGAGGGUCUGUCCUUCUUUGCCUUCCCUGGUGUGUCCAGCCCCAACCUGUUCAAGCAGCUCUAUCGAAGCCGAAUGAACAGCGUGGAGCUGACGGAGGAGGAGAGGAACGGUGUGCUGGAAGAGGCUGUCAGGGCCUUCGAGUUCAACAUUCAGGUCUUUGAUGAUUUACAGAAGCUGCUGAGUGUCACUGAAAACAAUCUACAGAGCUGUUUAACACACUCCAAGCCAGUUAAUGCGAAGGGGUUCCAGAUUCCAGGAACCCUGAUCAGCUCGUCCCCGUUGCUCAGGAUGGUUCUGGGAUUCUUUGUGGCUUUGGCUACUGUCAGUGUGGGAAUCUAUGCUUUAUAGAGAUGUUUCUCUAAAACUUUAUGGAAAGAACAGUUUUUAAAUCUUUGCUUUUGCACUGUAACACUUUGUAAAACCAUGACUUGAUUAUAAUCAUGUACAUGUUUAAUAGUCUCAAAUCAACAGCAAUAGUUGUGUAAUUUAACAGGAGAACCACAUUUUUACAUAUGUACAUUAAGUGUAGUGACUUUUGAAUUCUAAUUCUGUAACACUGAUAUGCAGUGUGUAUUAUAAUGUGCAAUACACGUCCUUUAAAUACUGUAAAUAUUUCACCUUUUUAAUAAAACUUUUGUAAAGAAAA